AUGAAGAAACGACAAAAUGCUUCCAUUAUAUCAAAACAAACACAAUUAAAAAGAAUAAAACGAGAGGAUCAUGACUCUAGAAACGAUACCCACACAACAGCCACUAUUACUACAAAUGGUGGACUUUUUGAUGAUCUUGAUGAAGAAAUGGAUCCAAACGUGAUGGAUAGUGUAUUGCAACAACUGGAAGAUGAAAAUGGCAACAAUAGUGACGAUAAUGACAAUGACGACGACGACAAUGGCGAAGAUACGGGUUCUUUAUCGCCAAGUAUACCAGAUAUUGAUCAAGAUAAUGAUGGUCCAGAGGAAGAAAUGGAUGAAGAAGAAGAAACGACACCCCAUGAUGAUGAUGAACCAUCAGUGACCUCUAAACCAUCAAAUCAACAACUUUCAUCCAAAUUCAGAGAUCAUUAUAUGGGCAAAAUAACACAAGCUUUUGGAUCAGAUUUAGAUCAAAUUCGACAGGAUCCUGGAUUUACUGCAUCUCGAUUAAAUGUCUUGAUUGACUCUUUGGAGUCUGGCAUUAGUAUAUUUAGUGACUUGGAAAAAAGUAUUAGUUUAGCGGAUGUGAAUGAUAGUUAGAAUUAGUUAUGAUUGUUGAUAUAAUAAAAUAGAAAAACUUGUACAUUUUCUACCUUUU